GUAUCUACAGCGCGCAUGCGCAGUCGCUGUCCUUCCUCUCACAACUUUUUCGCCAUGGCUCCGCUGAGGAGGCAAGCUGUGCCCAGCAAAGGGGGCAAGAAAAAGAAGCAAGUGUUGAUGUUCACUCUGGACUGUACACACCCGGUUGAGGAUGGCAUCAUGGAUGCAGCCAACUUUGAGCAGUUCCUUCAGGAGCGCAUCAAAGUGAACGGCAAAGCAGGAAACCUCGGUGGUGGAGUCAUAACUAUUGAGAGGAGCAAAAGCAAGAUCACAGUUUCUUCCGAGGUUCCCUUCUCCAAAAGGUACCUGAAGUAUCUUACCAAGAAGUAUUUGAAGAAGAACAACCUCAGAGACUGGCUGCGUGUUGUGGCUAAUACGAAGGAGAGCUAUGAACUUCGCUACUUCCAGAUCAACCAGGACGAGGAGGAUGAAGAGGAUGAAGAUUAAACUGUUUCUUUUUAUACGUUUAAAUAAAUUCAUUUAACAAUGA